UUCGAGGCCGUCAAAGAUACGGCACUCUAUCACGAUCAAUCAGAGGUUCAUGACGUGAUCCUGUGCGGUCGCUGAUUUAAGCGGUGUCGAUAUAUAACACACGUGGUUCCCGCCUUGCCCGUGUACCCAACAUCUCGAAUUAUCACACUCCAACGCUCAUCUCAAUCAGAACAAUUCACACGACAUAGUCUCGACAUAUUCGUAACAAUGCCGAACAUCAAGCCUGUCGCAACUGCAGAAUACGAUGCAGUCAUCGCAUCGGUCCAAAAAUACGUGGAGGGUCUCCGGGUGGGCGACAACAAGAUCAUCGCCCAAGCAUUCAACAAGGACGCGACCAUGUACGGAUUUGCUCCAGACGGCAAACUGCUUGGUGGUCCAAUCUCGAACCUGUACACUUAUGUCGACCAGUUUGGUGCUGCUCCUGAGAUCAAGACCCGCUUGGACAUCUUGUCUAUCACGCCUAGUACUGCUGUCGUGAGAGUGGACAUGGAGGGUGACGGUGCCGGUGUGUCAUACACCGAUUUUCACACGUUGCUGAAGUUUGGAGAGAAGUGGGAGAUCAUCGCAAAGGUCUUCCAUGCCUACGAGUAAACUGGUAGAAUAUGUCUCUCACUGUGUUACCCACUGCGUUACGCGUGCAAGUGACGAUGGAUCAAUUGAGCUGUAUACUCUCGACUUGUAAUGAUAAUAUUCAAGCUGUUUUGCUUCGCAUCCAUUCCAUGAUUCUAC